CUGUUUAAAAGAAGAUUAAUUUCUUUUUCAAAGAUUAAAGAAGCAAUGAAGAAAGACCCAUAUUUCAAUGAAUGUUGGAAAUAUAAACAUAUUGAGCCAGAGUAUAUUAAUAAUAUUUUUGAUAUUUUUGAUCGUGAGUCAUGUAAAAUUCUUGGUAAAGGAUCUUUUGGGUGUGUAUUUUCAGCGUCAUGUAAAGGUAAUUUUUUUGCAAUAAAAGAAAUGAGUAAUUAUGAAAGUGCAAUAAAAGAAGUUCGUACAAUGAAUAUUUGUAGUCAUGAAAAUGUAGUUAAGUUAUAUAAAUUUUUUAAAUCUCCUACAUCAGUAAAAUUUAAUUUUUUUUCACAAGAUGCAAUAGAUUCAGAUACAUUUUAUUAUAUAGUUAUGGAAUGUUCAGCAUAUGGUUCUUUAUUUAAUUUUAUUUCAAUGAAUCCUAAAGGAAUUUCAUUACAAUAUAUUCAACAAUUUAUGUUUGAUAUUAACAAUGCAAUGAAAUAUUUAAUAUUUACACGUCAAAUAAUUCAUCGAGAUAUUAAAACACAAAAUAUUCUUGUUUUCCAAGAUUCAUCAAAAGCAAAUGGACUGACAUUAAAAUUAUGUGACUUUGGUUCUAGUAGAUUAAUUGGAGAUAAUAAUUUUGAUACAAUAUUUGUUGGUUCAAGUUAUACUAACCAACCAGAAAUUUCACAUGGAACAAUUUAUAACGAAAAAUGUGAUUUGUUUAGUAUUGGUGUCAUAUUAUAUGAAAUGAUUACUGGAACGGUAUUAAAUAUUCAAAAAACUUCUAAUAUUCCUAUUGAAAAUUAUUAUUCUUUUUAUCAAUUAAAACUCAAUGAAAUUAUUGAACAUUCAAAUGAAUUUGUUUGUGGAAAUCAACCACAAUUUAUAGUAUUAAUAGAUUUAUUAAGAAAGUUAUUUGUAAUUCAAGAUUCAAGAUUAACAUGGAAACAAUAUUUACAGCAUCCAUUCUUCAGUAUCAUAAUUCAAUAA